AUGGCAGACAUUUUAGCACUCGUGUUCAGGUCUUUUGUGUCACAAACAGACCCCGGACCUCCACCCUGCGGCUCCCUGGUGGUCGGAGACCCCGGACCUCCACCCUGCGGCUCCCUGGUGGUCGGAGACCCCGGACCUCCACCCUGCGGCUCCCUGGUGGUCGGAGACCCCGGACCUCCACCCUGCGGCUCCAUGGUGGUCGGAGACCCCGGACCUCCACCCUGCGGCUCCAUGGUGGUCGGAGACCCCGGACCUCCACCCUGCGGCUCCAUGGUGGUCGGAGACCCCGGACCUCCACCCUGCCGCUCCCUGGUGGUCGGAGACCCCGGACCUCCACCCUGCCGCUCCCUGGUGGUGGACCCCGGGACCUCCCCGGACCCCGGACCUCCACCCUGCCGCUCCCUGGUGGUCGGAGACCCCGGACCUCCACCCUGCCGCUCCCUGGUGGUCGGAGACCCCGGACCUCCACCCUGCCGCUCCCUGGUGGUCGGAGACCCCGGACCUCCACCCUGCGGCUCCCUGGUGGUCGGAGACCCCGGAAUCGGCCGCUCGGUGCUGCUGCUCGCGGCCGUGACGGCGGCCUCGGAGAUGGGGCUCAAAGUGAUGUUCUUCAGCCAGACUCCGAUCCAGAGCCUCCCGGGGUCGCUGCAGAAGUCUGUUUCAGGCCUGAGCCCCGAGAGUCUAAAGAAGAUCCAGUUCUCCUACCCCCGGACACUGGAGGAGCUUCUGCAACAGGUGGCCAGCCUCCACGAGUCCUGCAACACGUGUCCCACGCCGGCGUCCCUGAUCAUCGUCGACAGGCUGGGGGGCUUCCUGCGUGGCUCUGGAGGCGGCAGCCACACCGGCCCCCUCCCAGGCGAGCCGUCCCGCGCUGCACACCUGGCGGCGCUGCUGUGCGACAGCGCCGCCUUCCUCACACGACUCCUGAAGCAGCGCCGCCCGAGCUCGGCCCCGUGCCGAGUCAUCGCCUCUUUCCAGCCAGAGCGGGACGUGGUGCGAGCCGGCACCGAGGCCUCGGCCACAGAUCCAAUCCUCGAUGUUCUGGAUCGCUACUUCCAGGUGCGCUGCACUCUGGACCGAGAGAGGAGUUAUGAAUCUGCAGCAGCCGGACCCCAGGAGGUGUGGCACGUUUACCUCUCCGGGACCGGCCUCUCUGGGCCCGGGACCGGCCUCUCUGGGCCCGGCCUCUCUGGGACCAGGACCAGCCUCUCUGGGACCGGCCUCUCUGGGACCAGGACCGGCCUCUCUGGGCCCGGCCUCUCUGGGCCCGGGACCAGCCUCUCUGGGCCCGGCCUCUCUGGGACCAGGACCAGCCUCUCUGGGACCGGCCUCUCUGGGCCCGGCCUCUCUGGGACCAGGACCGGCCUCUCUGGGCCCGGGACCGGCCUCUCUGGGACCGGCCUCUCUGGGACCGGCCUCUCUGGGACCGGCCUGUCCGGGACCGGCCUCUCUGGGACCGGGACCGGCCUGUCCGGGACCGGGACUGCUGCCCUGACCGAAGACUGUGAGGACAGACCAGCUGUGGCCCAGGAGUGGCAGCUGUCCAUUUCUCCUGAUGGUUCAAUGGAGUUUAAGUUGGUUUGAAAGUGUCGCAGUGGGAGAAAAAGGCUGAAUCUCCGUUCCCUUAAACAGCCCCCCCAGCCCCUCCACAGGGAAAGAGAGGAAGGGUCUCAGGGUCUUCAAUUGCAUCCACGUUUCUAGUGGUGCACGAUAUA